UCAUUUUUCUUGCAAUUUUGGUAUAAAAUUAUUAAUUUCAAUCAAAAGUAUAGAUUUAUCUAUAAAUAUAAAAAGCAUUUUAAUGUACAAAUAUUGUAGAUAUGAAUAAAAAUAUUUACCAGCAAUCAUUCAUGCUCUGCUCACUGUGUAUAGAUGCUCAAUGCGCAUGCACACGGCAGCCAGCUGUGUAGGAGAAACAGAUUCACUUGUCGUAGCUUCGCGACCGUUUGUUUCGCACAGUUUCCGCCAGAAAGCCAUUACGAGAAGAGGCACGCGUUUGAUAGUCGAGCAGUGUCGGUUACGGAAUCAGCUUCUGUAUUGUUGUUGGUGGUAAAUGUUUAACGAUUAUCCGGUAGCAAGCAGGCAUCACACCUGGCCGGACUGACCGGUGUCAGGAUAUAAUGUAAUUUUUGCGUUUUCCCCUGUGGUGCAUGUGAACAAUACAAUCGGACGAAGAAAAGCUGACAAAGAAAAAACUUAAUAAAGUACAAAGUGGGAAGCAACAAAAACGAGAAAGGAAGCGGUUAAGAUCAUCAUCAUCCUCGGGCUGUUAUUAAAGCCAUCAUCUAAGGUUCCCCGUGGAGUUGUGUCAUCCGGCUGAACGGUGGAAUACGUUAUGUACGAAUGCAUUUUCCUCGAUAAACAUAUCCACGUGUGAUUUACUUUGUAUGUGUGUGUACGUGUGAGAAAAGUGUGUGUGUGUUUUAGAAGAAGAAAAAAUAAGCCAAUGCGAACGUGCCAAGCCUAUCCAAGCAAACCGAAAAGCAUCCAAGUUUGGUGUGGUGUACCGGUGGCAUUGUGGUGAAGUGGCGAGUCGUGUGAAAGAGUGCACAUAUGCAUCAUAGGUGGGAAAAGUUUCGCUAAGUAGGAUUUUUCCGGGCUUCAGUGAAAACAGAGGUGGGUGCAUUUUUUGCCCCGAGAGGUGUCUGUUGUGAGAGAAGUAUAGAAGAAAAAUAAAAUAAAAGAAAGUGUGCUCUGGUUACUAGGAGAAAAGUGUGUCGGUGCAUCCUUUCCGUAGUUUGGAAAUGUGUGUGUGUUGUGUUGGCAUCUAGUAUUCAUACAUGUGUGAGUGUGUGCGUGUGUGGUAGGGGGAGCUGUGUGCAUAGUGAUUCGAGUUUUCUCCACUGCCGUUCGCGUUCAAAUCCACCCAGAAAGGAACGAAUCACCAUAGUACGGAAGAGUGGAGGCGAGAAGGCGGAUCAGCUGAUCACGCAGCAUCUAGUCUAGAGUUCGGUACGGAAUGAGCUGCUGAGUUGAUUUAUAUUAUUUGCUUCCUGCUUUUCGGGCGUAACAGUGUGCGCAUCCAGGUGUGAUUUUGGGUGGUGGUAAUGAGGGUUUGGAACGGAUCUUCCACCUGAUACGAACGACAUCGUUUUUAGCUUGGAACAUCUAGCAAAACGCACAAAAAAGAACGCGCAAAAACAAACGUACGAGAUAUUGUCCCUUGUUUUUAAUGACGACAGCAACCGAAACAACACCAUGACGUUAAGGAUAAUACCCAUCCUGCUAAGCGUGACCGCUCUCAUCCUGCUGGCGUUAAACUUUGACUCGGCAACCGCUAAUAAUCAUCAAUUAUCGUCAUCAUCAUCAUCAUCAUCCGAGGCAGCAUCCAGCACGACAGUAUCAACGCCGUCGGUGGCAGAAUGGGACGCAAAUGGUGCAGUAACGCCUCCGGCCACUGGCAACCGGUUGCGAGCUGAAGCAGCACAAUUAGUAGACAAUAAAAUCCACGACAAACUGCAACGGCACGAACCUACCGACGGACGAAUGAGUGCUGCCCCCGUACAGGCCGGGCGCCAGAAACGAGAAGAUAUUUUUAGCGAUAAUGUUCUUACAAAUAAUUAUCAGCUUAAGGGUGACGCCGAACGGUGGGAAGGGUCCGGGAAUGGUGCAGCGCAGUCGAGGAUAGCGGAGGAGGUACUGCUCGUUAGCAAUCUGACCGAGGAACGGGCCAGGGAAGAGAACGAACUGUUGGAACACCUAAAUCGCGACCGUUUCCAUGGCAGUCAAAUCAAGCUCGAUAAUAGCGGCGACAGAUCGGAAGCAAGAAGUGGCCCUCAGCGCAGCCGUAAAAAGCACCGCCGACGAAUAGGACACAAGAUGCACAAGCACAAGAAGAUCAAGCUGCUUCCGGUGACGCUCGUCGGUGUGCCGGUGAACGAGGACGGUCAACCGGAUACCGCCAUCAUCGAGGGACUAACGAACGGUGCGGACGGUGGUUGGUCUUUGAAGCUUUCUUCCAACGCCAAAACGGUCGACGAUUUCGUAAGCUCAACCGGUGGCGGUGACGUAAAACGGACAAGCCACAUUCAACCAUCGCCGGACGAAGGCAGUGCAACGGUUGAUGGCACCAUGGUGGAGAUGGUGGACGUUUGGAAGGAAACGACAAUGCCUCCAUCGACCAGCUUCGGGUCGCCGCAGGAUACUGUCGAGGAUCGGCGACCGGCAAUGGUUUCCGGGUUUCCACCGCCUCCGGUGAUGGUGGCCGACGGUCACCUGGUGUUUGGUAGUGUGGGUGACAUGCAAAUUCCCCGAUUGUCAGCCGAUCAACCGGACGCACAGCGCACAAAGUUGACCCGCGAGCAGAGGAAGCGCGAAAAACAGCAACGGAAACAAUUACAGAAAGUGGGUGAGCAGAGAAAACUCGUCAAUCCACCGCUACCACCACUGCCGUCCGGUGUCACAGUGUCCAGCGCCAGUACGGUCACCUUUCCCGCGGACGAUCACAAAGGCACGGAGACGGUAUCGGUUGCGCGCGUCAUCAUUUCGGGCGAUUUAUCCUGCAUGAAAGACGACUUCAUCCCAGCGCCGGCGAUCGCUAACGGUGACAUCAAAUAUUUGCGUAACGAUUUGUACGGGUUGGAAAACUCAUUCCUGGAGGCGGAGUAUCACUGCCGGAUGGGGUAUCGGUUGCGGACGAAGGACGGACAAAGCCGACCGGUCGUUACCUCGACCGGUGCCAUCGCCAAUGCCAAUCUGGUUUGCCGUAAGUCGCGCUGGAUCGGUAAAAGGCCGGCUUGUGUGCGGAUUAAGCCUUCCCAGCGUCAGCCGCAACCAUUCUCCACCGUAUGGCCAUCGGGUUCGACGAUUACCACGGACGGCAUGACUAAUGGUACGCGUUCGAUGCCGGUAAAUGCCUGCGGAAAGGAUCAUCGUUGCCCACAGGCUUGCUACCGUGUGGCAACGGGCAAGGGCAGCACAAAUCGUACCACCGUCUGUUCCUGCUACAAAGGAUUUAAAAUGGUCAACCAUCGAUGUGUGGAUAUCAACGAAUGCAUCGAGUACGGUGAGGAUGUGUGCGAAUACGGCUGCUCCAACACGAUCGGGUCGUUUACAUGCAAAUGCCCGAGAGGAUUGCGAGUUACGGACAAUAAUAAAUGCAUGGAUGUAAACGAAUGCCUGCUCCGGAACGGACACGGACCGUGCCAGGAUACGUGCAUCAACACGUGGAGCAGCUACAGGUGCACCUGCGAUGGACUGCCGGGCACAAGACUGGCGGCCGACGGCCAUAGCUGCGAGGACAUCGACGAAUGUACGGUCAACAAUGGUGGCUGUUCGCACACCUGCCUCAAUACGCUUGGGCGAGCGUUCUGCGUUUGUCCCGAGGGCUACAUGCUGGACGAGGAUUGGAAGACAUGCGUGGAUGUGGACGAGUGUGCCAACCAACGGUCGAUUGCCAGCGAACAUCGGUGUCACGGACGGUGCAUCAAUACGGUCGGGUCUUACCGUUGCGAACAGGGCACAGAACAUGGUGGUGGAGACUACGCUGAGGGAAGGUCGGCUAGUGGUGCGGGUGAUGCAGGAGAACAAGAGCAACCGGACUAUGACACGCUCUGCCCAACAGGCUACCAUUUCAACACGACCAUGGGCGAUUGUCAAGACACGAACGAGUGCAGCAUCUCAAAUGGUGGCUGUCAGCAACAUUGUAUCAACAGUGACGGAAGCUACUACUGCUCGUGCAAAUAUGGCUUCAAGUUGGACGUCGACAAGCGUUCCUGUCUCGUACUGAACGACUCGUUAAAGUUGGCGGACAUUGCCUGCCCACCAUUGUUUCCACCACGCCACGGUUACCUCGAGUGCAGCCGACCGAUUGACGAAAUUGCGGAUGGUCCGACCGGUGGCAGCCUCAAGAUUACCAACCGUCCCGGCAGCCAAUGCAUCCUAAAGUGUCCGACCGGCUAUCGACUCGAGGGAAAAUUCUCCAAAAUCUGUGGCACCACCGGCGAAUGGAUUGGCGAUGAGAAUGGCACCUGCAUACGAUAUCCGCAACCUAAGCUCCUAUGUCCGACCAGUGUGAACGUGGAGUUACAUCCAAACGAAACCGAAACCACAACAGUUCGAUUGCGUCGUCCCGAAACUGACGUCAGCUGGGAGCGAGACGUUCAGGUCGAGCCAUAUUGGGUGAAGAAAGAUAGUUUCACGCUACCUCUCGGUAGUCUUAACGUUAGCUACACGGCCAGACAUCCAGUCUCAAAGCUUCACACCGAAUGUAACUUCCUCGUUAACGUACUGCCUGGUUCACCGCCAAGAGUAGACUUCUGUCCGGACACGCAGGUGUACACGAUCGAAGGCCGACACCAGAGCGUUAAGGCAACGUGGGAGGAACCCGUCUUUUCGGACAAUGUUGGUGUAGUGACCAUCACGAAAUCGAACAGCCCAGGGACAGACUUUGGAGCUGGCAGCCAUCUUAUCACGUACGAAGCGCACGAUGACGCAGAAUGGAAGAGCAAGUGCGUCUUCAAAAUCGUCGUGAACGUGAACCCGGAACAGCAACAGCAACCGACCGCUCAGUCCCACUUCCAACUACCGAUUCUGUACAAUCGGUUCUACUUCUAAGGUGGGAAUGCUCCAGUGCACGGCGGCCAGAACAUCUCCAACGGAGACACGCAACACGAAUUGUACAGAUGCGGAAGGACAUAUUUUACACGGACGGAUGCGACUAGUGCCCGUUUUUCGAUCAAGUAUUCGAAUGCGGUUUUUCGAUGCAGAAGGUAGGCAAGCUUUUUAUCGUCGGCAAAACAAGGCAAAGGUGCUUGAGUAAGUGGAAUACAAUAACACAAGAGUUUAUUCUAUACACGAUGGAAGGGUGGAAGAGAUCCAGCAGAACUGAGAUAUCUUGUUCAAGAAGAACGCACACUUCUAUUGAGCUGUUACAUCUCGUUUUGUGCUGCUUAUUUUCCACACUUUCUGCUAAGAGAGGAUUGGAAGAGAUUAUACAUAAGAAGCAAAUAUCAAACCGUACAUAUACAGAUCCCAAUAGACGGUAAGGAAACAGUAGUCGUAAGCAGUAUAAAACCGGAGCGAUGCAAUGCAGUUUCGAAGGAUCAUUCCAAGGAAAAAGGAUUAAUCAAAACCCCAAAUCAAUAUACACCGAAACGAGUGGUGGUGCGGGAAGCAAUGAUGAUGUUUAGUAUGCGAAGGUGUUUUAAUUUCAACUAGGAAAAGCCACCGAUUAGGAAAAUGUACACGGUUGGCGUUAAUGUACAUAGCAUCUUUCGCUGAAUUUGCUAAUUAUCAAUCUAACGCAUAAGAUGAUACAACAUUCCGUGGAAAGCGGGGAAACCAGAGAAAAUAGAAAGAAAAGGGAAAUCAUUUUCUACAUAAAAAAACAAUAAUAAACCCUUCACGAGUCUUGUGAAAAGAAACAAACGAGUAGUUAAGAAGGUGUUUUGUCCUGCGGAUUGCAUAUAUUCUGGCACUUGUUUUAAGUAAUAAGCGCCAAAAUAAUGCAAAUUUGCCAAGAAACUAUCUACCACUAUGUAGAAAGUUUUCUUCCUACACUGCACGUUUGUCACUUAUCAACAAGCAUCAUAAAGGGAAGCCUGUGCAUACCUGCAUACGGUCAUGAACAUAAAUUUCAUUGGAAAAAGUAAAGCAAAGGGUGCAAGCAAAUGAUUGAACCAAACAGUAGCGCAACGCUUCUAAGCACAGAAGCUUAGUAAUCGUAGGGCAAAAGCUUUAGUUCUGUGGUUUUAAUGUAAGAUAGAGCUGCAAAACCCUCCUUCAACCCCACUUCCUUCAAAACCACUCCUACGUCCACCAGUUACGGGCGGAAGGUUUGAAACACGAGCCUGUAUGCCUGUCUGGUGAAAUGAUGAAUAUCAUCUACCUUUGCAAAGAGAGCUGAAAAGAAGUAGUAUGUAUAAAGCAUUAUGCUAUGCCCCCCCCGGAUUGGUUCGGAAUUUCAAUAUCAAUAAAAUGGAAAAGUGAUGAAGUAAUUUCAGAGAAAAUGGAACACAACGCAA